AUGGGCGGCAGCUGCAGCAGCAAGGUCAACUCUCCUCUCCACGUCGCGGACGGUUGCCGCGGAGGAGGGAAACCGGCAAAAAAAAGGCGCCGCUUUUAUCCUCCCGCCCGGCGGCUUCUCCUACGCGCCGGUCCCAUGGCGCUCCCUCGCCUCCUCCUCCUCCUAUGGAGCUGCAGCAGCCUGAUCCUGCUGCUGGGCGGCGGCGGCGGCCUGAGAGAGGCGGCGGCGCGCACGGUGCCGGUGGAGUUCCUCUACCCGCCCUACAACCUCACCUACAUGCACUACAUCGACACCAGCGGCGUCUUCCUCCGCUCCCCCAACGCCACCUUCUCCGCCGCCGUCUUCAACGCCGGCUCCGACUCCCCCGGCUCCUCCUCCUCCUCCUCCUCCUCCAACUCUCCCCCCGGUGAGGAGUCCCAGAUGUCCCGCUACUUCUUCUCCGUCCUCCACGACCGCUCCCGCACCCCCGUCUGGGCCGCCACCGCCGGCUCCACCAUCAUCCAGUCCAUCAUCCUCUCCCUCAACGCCUCCGGCCUCUACAUCUCCGACCCCGCCGACCAGUCCGGCCCCUCCUGGUCCACACCGCGCCUCGCCGCCCCCGUCGCCGCGCUCCGUCUGCUCGACACCGGCCAGCUGGCCCUCAUCGACGCCGGCAACGCCACGCUCUGGUCCACCUUCGACGCGCCCACCGACACGCUGCUCCAGGGCCAGGUCCUUCCCCUCGGCGUCCCGCUCACCGCCACCGCGUCGGAGCAGGACCUCUCCCCCGGCGCCUACCGCCUCCUCCUCACCCCCACCGACGCGCUCCUCCAGUGGGCAUCCUCCUCCGAUGGCAGGCGUGACUUCGUCACGUACUGGGCGCUCUCCUCCGACCCGGCCUCCGUCCAGGACUCUAACCGCGCCGUGCGAUCCAUGAUGGUCAACGCCUCCGGCAUCUACCUCCUCGCGGACGACGACGGCCGGGACACUGUAUUCAGCCUCCGCUUCGCGUCGCCGCCCGCGCCGGCCACCAGGAUGCUCCUCAAGGUCGACUCGUCCGGCCGCCUGCGCGCGCUCAGCACGGCCUACUCACCCACGGCGGCGCGCGCCACGCUCCCCUCCGUCUGGGCCGCUCCGGCCAGCGACUGCGACCUCCCGCUGCCGUGCGGCACCCUCGGCCUCUGCACGCCCGGCAACAACGGCUCCUCCUGCAUGUGCCCCGACGCCUUCACCACGCACACCACCGGCGGCUGCUCGCCGGCCGACGGCUCCGCGCUCCCGGUCUUAUCUGACAGCUGCCUCGCCGGCAACGCCUCCGCCAAGUCGUCGGCAGCAUCCGCGCGGACUCCUUACAGCUACACGAGGCUGGGCGACGGGAUCGGCUACUUCGCCGGCAAGUUCGCGCUCCCCACAACCGCCGGCGACGCGCUCUCGGCGUGCCGCGACCUCUGCUCGGCCAACUGCUCCUGCGUCGGCUUCGUCUACAAGAACUCCUCCAAGUCCUGCUUCCUCGUUCACAACCAGAUCGGCUCCGUCUUCCGCGGCGGCAACAGCGCAGCCGCCGCCGUCGCCUUCAUCAAGACGGUCCCGCCGGCUCCAUCUCGCGGCCAAGGCGGUGGCGGUGGCUCGUCGUCGCUGAGCACCAUCACCAUCAUAUUCGGCAUCGUGCUGCCGGCCGUGGCGGCCGUGUUCAUCACCUUCCUGCUGUACGUGCUGGGCGUGCACUGGCUCAAGAACCGCCAUGGCGGCGCCAACACCGGCAAGGCCAAGAAGAAGAAGCACGGCAACGGUGGCAGCAGCUGGUUCAUGCUGCACAUGAUGCCGUCCUUGUCGUCGUCGCGGGCGUCGUCCAACGUCCCGUCGGAGAAGGGCGACGGCGACGACAGGGAGGGCGACGACGACGAGGUGCUCAUCCCGGGCCUGCCGACCCGGUUCACGUUCGCCGACCUGGAGACGGCGACCAACGGCUUCAAGUGGCAGAUCGGCUCGGGCGGGUUCGGCUCCGUGUACCGCGGCGAGCUCCCCGACCGGACCACCGUGGCCGUCAAGCGGAUGAACAACCUGGGCAUGCAGGGCCGGCGCGAGUUCCUCACGGAGAUCGCCGUGAUCGGCAACGUCCACCACGUGAACCUGGUGAAGCUCCGCGGGUUCUGCGCCGAGGGCGCGCGCCAGCAGCUGCUGGUGUACGAGUACAUGAGCCGCGGCUCGCUGGACCAGUCCCUUUUCCCCCGCGCCGCCGCCGGCGCCGCCACGAAGAAGAGGGACGUGCUGGAGUGGCCCAAUCGUCUCGGCGUGUGCGUGGGCGCGGCGCGCGGCCUGGCGUACCUCCACGCCGGCUGCGACCGCAAGAUCCUGCACUGCGACGUCAAGCCGGAGAACAUCCUGCUGGACGACCGCGGCGGCGUGAAGAUCGCCGACUUCGGGCUGGCCAAGCUGAUGAGCCCGGAGCAGUCGGGGCUCUUCACCACCAUGCGCGGCACCCGCGGGUACCUGGCGCCCGAGUGGCUCAUGAACGCGCCCAUCACCGACAAGGCCGACGUGUACAGCUUCGGCAUGGUGCUGCUGGAGAUCGUGCGCGGCCGGAAAAACUCUAAGCAGGAUGACGAGCACGACACCACCACCACCGGCAGCAGCACCACCACCGGCGCCGCGUCGUCCGAUGGCGCUGGUGGCGAGGCGACGAAGGCGCGGAGCAGCUACUUCCCGGCGCUGGCAUUGGACCUGCACGAGGAGGGGCGGUACCUGGAGCUGGUGGACCCGAGGCUGGAGGGCCGGGCGGACGCGGCGGAGGUGGCGAGGGUGGUGCGCGUCGCCCUGUGCUGCCUCCAGGAGGAGGCGUCGGUGCGGCCGGCCAUGACGGCCGUGUCCGGCAUGCUCGACGGCAGCAUGGACGUGUGCGUGCCUAGGACCGAGCAGCUCGCCUACCUCAGGAUGUACGGGCGCGGCCUCGUCGACGUACGCCCGGGAGGUUGGAAGGGGAAGUGGAAGGGCUCGGACAUGACCGCCGGCAGCAGCAGCUGGUCGCCGCCGUCGUGCGUGUCGGCGCAGCAGCUCUCGGCUCCCAGAUGA